AUGUUCAGCCCUAGGGCUGAAGAGGCGGCGGCGGCGCUGGAUCGGAGCCUGCGGCGCCUCCUGCGGGCCGGAGCCGCACUCAGGUAUAAGGUGAUGAGGAACUGGGGAGUCCUCGGCGGGGUUGCCGCGGCUCUGGCGGCAGGCAUCUAUGUGCUCUGGGGUCCCAUUACCGAGAGGAAGAAGCGCCGGAAAGGGCUUGUUCCUGGCCUCCUCAAUUUAGGAAACACCUGUUUCAUGAACUCCUUGCUGCAAGGCUUGUCUGCCUGCCCCACUUUCAUCAAGUGGCUGGAGGAAUUCACUGCCCAGUACCCUGUGGAUCAGAGAGAGACCACCAAGCCCCAGCACUUGUCCUUAACCCUGCUGCACCUCCUGAAAGCCUUGUCUUGCCAAGAAGUCGCCGGCUGUGAGGAGGAGGAGGAUGUCCUGGAUGCCGGCCAUCUGUUGGAGGUGCUGCGGAUGCACAGGUGGCAGAUCUCCUCCUUCGAGGAGCAGGACGCACACGAACUAUUCCACGUCAUCACGUCAUCUCUAGAAGAUGAGAGAGAUCGCCACCCUCGGGUCGCGCAUCUAUUCGAUGUGCAUUCUUUGGAGCAGCAGCCAGAAGCGACCCUUCAGCAAAUUAGCUGCCGAAUACGAGGGGUGCCUCACCCCGUGUCCAGCGCCUGGAAGUCUCAGCACCCUUUCCAUGGGAGACUUACUAGUAACAUGGUUUGCAAACACUGUGAACACCAGAGUCCUGUGAGAUACGAUACCUUUGACAGUCUUUCCCUGAGUAUCCCAGCUGCCACGUGGGGUCGUCCUUUGACUCUGGACCACUGCCUUCAUCAUUUCAUCUCAUCAGAAUCAGUCAGGGAUGUUGUGUGUGACAAUUGUACCAAGAUUGAGGCCGAAGGGACCCUGAAUGGGGAGGUGGUGGAACACCAGAGAACCACAUUUGUCAAACAGUUAAAGCUGGGGAAGCUCCCCCAGUGUCUGUGCAUCCAUCUGCAGAGAUUGAGCUGGUCCAACCAGGGAGCUCCUCUGAAACGUCAUGAACAUGUACAGUUUAAUGAAUUCCUGAUCAUGGACAUCUACAAGUAUCACUUCCCUGGCUGCAAACCAUGCCAGCACAAUCCCAGCCUGAAAGAGAGCGUGGGGAUGGCGCUGGACGUGAAGGACGGGAUGAGAGCCCCCAGAUCAGCCUCUGCUCAGCCUGGCAGGACCAAAGCACUCUUUGUCAAUGGAGCCUGCUCUUCCCCCACGCUGCUGCCAACCCCAGGCACUUUCUGUCUCCCAGGUAUUCCUGACUAUAGCUCUUCGGUGUACCUCUUCCGGCUGAUGGCUGUCGUGGUCCAUCAUGGAGACAUGCAUUCUGGUCACUUUGUGACUUACCGACGCUCCCCUCCUUCUGCCAAGAACCCUCUGUCUACCAGCAGCCAGUGGCUCUGGAUCUCGGAUGACACCGUUCGAAAGGCAAGCUUGCAGGAGGUUUUGUCUUCAAGCGCUUAUCUGCUCUUUUAUGAGCGGGUCCUUUCGAAAGCUCAGCAACACCAAAGCCAGGAGUACAAGUCUGAAGAGUGAAACUGCCCAGAGCCAAGCCUGGCGGAGUGCUCAGAACUGUUCAGAAAAAAACAAAAACAAAAAACACAACCCUAGAUUUUUCUGUCUACAUUAUGAAAAUAGCCUGACUACAGUUCUUCGACAUUCCGGUGUGGUGGUGAUGGCGGUCUCUCUUAGGAGGAGCCGUUGUCCUGAUCCAUGCCCAAACCAAGCUACUGGAAGCAGGUCUGAUCGAGGCGGGCCCUGUGGAGCGUCAGGGGGUUAGAAGGCAUCCAUUAUGUCUACAUGAUGUCUUCAGCCCCUCUGGCCGCAGGGGAUGGAGAGCUCCAGAUGCCCAAGGCCACUUUGGAUGUGUCAAUUGCAAGUUUUAAGAGGAGAUUCACUUUGUCUAAUUCUUUUAAAAAUUCAGGUCAGAUUUCUCUAUUUAAAAAGCAGGCCUGUAGAAGCUGUGAGUGAGAAUUUCCAUAGUUAUUAAAGGCAGUGAUUUAAAAGAAGUGCCUUCCCCUUGUUUAAAUGAUUACAGUCCAACCAGUCGCUUUUGUGACGGGUCACAUCCAAAAUCUGUGUAGCUCAGUGAGCCCGAGGUAGACCUUUUGAAACGCUUGACUCCCUCUGUUUUCUUAGUGGAGGAACUGAUGGAGCCCCUGCUUUUCUAUGUCCUUUUUCUAACAGGUCAGGAGAGGACCUGCUCAAGGCUAACAGCUUUGCCCUUUUAACAAAAAGACGUCCUUGCUGUUUGCACCGUGUGUGUGUGUGUGUCUGUGUGUCUGUGUGUGUGUGGACUGCACGAGGCUGGGUGUGCUUCGUACCUCCUAAGUGUCCAUACUCUGGUCUGCUCAGCUCAUCCCAGGCCCCGACCUGACAUCAGGCAUGUGGUUGGGAGAGAGGGGCAGGCCUAGCAUGGACCUUAGAAGCUGGGUCACGAGGGAGGUGAAUUCAAGCCGGUCUCAUCCUGCUACAAAGCAGGGCUUGCCUCUUUUAAAAAGCCGUUCCAGCAGCCAUGUAGAACAGCUUCUUUGUCACCCAGCACUCUGUAUCACCACACAUAUGGACACAUACGUGCACACACCUAUGUCUACAGUCUGAAUUCAUUCCCCACAUGCUCCUAUGCACAUUGUGUUCAUAAGACUAUUAUAAUAGGUAUUUAUUAGAAACAGUGGAAGAAAGUACCAGAUUUAAUCAUGUUCUCAUUGCUUCUUUUCAGAGUUCUUAAGUCCAGGCAACUCUAAGGCUGAAAAACUUGUUGGCUGCCUAAGGCUUGCCUGUGUUUUAGUUAGGGUUUUAAAAAAUAGAUAAAGCAAGAAUUAUAUCUGCACUAAUACUGCAAACUCUCCAGAGAUAAGACUUGGGUGCAGAUCCAUCCAGAAGGCCUCCCAAGUUAAAGGCCAAAACUUGGCUGUUCUACGGCUGGUCCCCAUCUGCCCAUCUCUCUGCCCAAGAGGGUGCAUUUGUGUAAGAAUUUCAAAGUGAGGGUUCUUCCUGGGCGUGGCUCAGCAGAGUGUGCUCUGAAGCUGCCCCUGGGCCAGGAAUGUGAAGUCUGCUGGGAAAGAACAGCUCACAGGCCUGAUUUGGUGCAGUUUUCUGAGGGAUCUAGCUGCUAGCUCAACUCAUUCCUUCACCAGAGUUGGUUUUGACUAUGAAAUGAAUGGAUCUGCUCUGCCCCAGGCUAGGGAAGCAAGGGCUCAGAUAGAUUUAGGCUGCGUUCUUAAGUUAGCCAAAAUGCUGCAGAUUCCUCUGGAAAGACACUUCAGAAAGAUGUGAACACUGAGGUUUUCACAGAGCAUUUCUCUGCAGGUCAGAAGGGAGGCUUAGUACUCGGUGCAUAACUGUGAAAGACAUUUUCGGAGAGAAAAACCAUUAACUGUGUUUUGUAACAGUUGACAAUUCUCUAAUGUAUAAGCAAUUAUUACAUGAAAGCCUGAAGACGGAUUUUGAGGUUGGGGUAAAUUAUUAAUCUAGUUCCUCAUGACAAAAAUUUUAAGUUCGAUGAGUAGUUUACAAUACAAACCACUGGUUUUGUGGGUCUGCUAAGAGCGUCUGUUUUCGCACCUGCUGUGUGGAUUAUGGCAAUAAAGAUUCGUUUUAUUAGAAAAGGUAAAUUGGCAGUGGUUUUGCAGCUUACCAUUUCAUUGCAAAGACAAAUAAAAGUAUGUAAGACAGUCCUUUAAUAAAUCAACACGUGCUGUUCCAUCCUCUUUAAA